AUGCGUUGGUCACUAGCGCUUGCCCUCCUCGCACGAGUGGCCCUAGGCGAAGCCCGCGACCACACCAGCGACACGACCAGCGACCCGACCAGCGAUGACUCCUCCACCACCACCAUCGCCUGGAGUGAUGCAUCAAUCAUCACUGACCCCAGCUCUGUAAUUCCGACCGGGAGCUAUUUGGUGUACGGGACUACCAUCAACCUGUCCGACGGGGACCAGCUCACCUCCACCAUCACCCAGAAUGCCUCGGCAUCGCGCACCGGCAACGGGACCUUGUACACGUCCACCCACGACUCGGUGACAGUGCUCGUGGGCGGCGCUGGAACCACCACCCUCGGCAAUUCCAGCAUGAAUGCGACCGCCACUACCACUGCGACUGCGACCCAUACUCCAAUCGUCAACACCCGGCCUUGUAACGACUAUGUGCAGUUCUGUCAGCGCAGCUACUCGAACAUCACCAUGGUUGGUGCCCACAACAGCCCGUUUGUGCAGAAGAACAAUGCGGCUUCCAACCAGGUUCUCGAUGUCACCUACCAGCUGGAUGAUGGCAUUCGCUUCCUGGAACUCCAAGCCCACGACCAGAAUGGCACCAUGUACCUCUGCCAUACUUCCUGCGAUAUUCUCAAUGUCGGUACCCUCGAGGCCUAUCUCACCAAGGUCGCCUCGUGGGUGAAGACACACCCAUACGAUGUUGUCACCAUCCUCAUGACCAACUUCGACUAUGUGUCUCCCAGCCACUUUGUUGAGCCGGUGAAGAACUCCGGUCUGUAUGAUUAUCGAUAUACCCCUUCGAAGAUUCCCAUGGCUCUGCAUGACUGGCCCGUGCUGGCCGAUUUGAUUCUGCACCAGACGCGCGUGCUCUUUUUUAUGGACUAUCAAGCAAAUCAGACGGAAUACCCAUGGCUCAUGGAUGAAUUCUCGCAAAUCGUCCCCCCCGGUCUUUCGCACAAGGACGCUCUCAACCGCAUGUACAUGGCUAAUCACAAUCUGAACGUUGACCUGUCACUUGGAUCGUUCAAUAUCUUGAUUCCUAACACGGCGGUUAUCAACGAGACCAACGCAGUAAACGGCACUGGCAGCCUGGGCGCGAUGGCCCGCGAGUGUACCGCCAUGUGGCACCGCCCUCCCAACGUUCUGCUCGUCGACUACUACAACGAGGGUAGCUUCAACGGCUCUGUAUUCGAGGUGGCCGCUCAAAUGAACAAUGUCACUUACAACCGCACGUGCUGCGGCGAGGAGUCCGCCGCUGGCCACGGUAUCUCAGCAGUCAGCCUCACCUCCCUGCUGCUGAUAGCCCUGGGUACCACACUCUUCUCGUCCUUCUAA